UCAAACGUGUUAUUUUGUUAAUGUUUGACACUUGUCAUUUCAAUUCGCUGCUGUGUUUUAUAGGUUAUGAGUAUUGAAAAAUUAUUGUAAAUGUUCUUCAUUGGUUUGUUUUAUGAAAAUGUCCUCAGCAUUAGUAAGAGAAGCUUUAGCAUUUGUUGAUCCAGAAGAGAACGAAAAGAAUAAAAACAAACGCUCGCGGAAGCGCUCCAGUCCAGGUCAAGGUAAAGUCCAUCCAUAUAAUAACAAAAACAAGAAUAAGAAGGGCAAAGAGAAGAAAUCACAGGAAGAGAUAGUAGAGAGUAAUAUCCAGAAGCUACUUGCUCUAUCUGCUCCAGUGGCUAAUACGGAAAUAGCUAGUAAAAUUGUAGAAAGAGCUGUAAAAGGAAAACCAUUGCUUGAGAAAAUUGAGAAGAAAGUAGAGGAAGAGAAGUCUAUUUUAUUCCCCGAAGAGAGCUUCAAAAACUUUGAGAAAACCUACUUCUGUAGUUAAUGCACUUUCUAAUUUUAAUUAUUUGAGAAGCAAUAAGUUUAUCUGGAGGAUAUAGAAAAGUCACAACUUCAAGAGUUAAUAACAAUUGAUAUAUUUUUGAGGGUUAUAAAAGAACAAAUUAUGCAUUUAUGGACUUGCCAGAUGCUUUGUUGGGGAAAGUGUGUUUGAUAUUGACUUUUAUUGUCUUUACAAUAUUUGUCUUUUGGGUCAACUCCUACCCUUUUAUUGACGAAGAACUAACAAUCUACAAAUAUAUACCAAAUCCACAGUGGGCAUUACUAUUUUGCGCAGUCUGGGGCCUGUUCUUUAUCGGAGGGCUGAUGUCCUUCACUCUAUACCACUUGUACCCCUAUUUAUAAGGAAUUAUCAAGUAAAUAUACAAUUUAUGUUUGAAUCAAAGUCGCAAACAAAAAAACUUAACCUUCAAGAAGAAUCGAACAUUAAUAACAAAUCAAAAACAUCAAAAGUUACAGAGCAUUUAGUUUCAAGAAGGACAAUAUUAGAAACUGAAGGGAAAAUGACAAGAGAUUGGAUUGUAAUUGGUGUAUCGGGUGUGACAUGUGGCGGCAAGACAACAUUAGCUAAUAAGUUGCAAGAGAAAUUAGUACCAGUGUAUACAUUUCAUCAAGAUAAAUAUUUCUAUCCUGAUGACAGUCCAAAACACGUAAAAUGCGAAAAUUUAGAUCAUAACAACUACGAUAUACUGUCUUCGUUGGACAUGGGGCAGAUGUAUGAUGAUAUUGUUAAAACCAUGAACGGUGAAGUGAAGGCACACGGGUGUAGUAUUGAGGCAGAUAGGGGCAAGUUACAAGUGCACGGGAAAAAGUUUUUAGUUAUCGAGGGGUUCACUGUGUUGAAUUAUAAGCCUAUUAUGGAAUUGUGUAAUUUAAGAUACUACUUCGUGCUGGAGUACGGCGAGUGCUUCGCGCGGCGCGUGCUGCGCCUGUACGAGCCGCCCGACGUGCCCGGCUACUUCGACGAGUGCGUGUGGCCCGCGCACCUGCGGUACCGCGCCGAGAUUGAAAAAGAUGGCCGAGUGAAGUUAUUGGAUGCGACCAAACCGGACGCCCUCGAGGUUGUGGUGUCAGAUUUAAAAGAACUCGGCGCCACUGAACUACUGGGAUAAAUUAUACUGUUAUUUAUAUUUAAGAAUAUAUGUUUUACUACUUAAGUAU